AUGCGUGGUGAAUGGAAUGGAUUACAAGCUCUUUUUCUUAAAGAUUGCCCAUAUGCUUAUUAUGUACAUUGUAUGGCUCAUAGGUUGCAAUUAGCUCUAGUUACAGCAUCUAGAGAAGUAAAAGAUGUUCAUCAAUUCUUUGAUCAUUUGGUCAAUAUUAUCAAUAUUGUUGUUGGUUCUAGUAAGCGUAAUGAUGAAUUGCAACAUGCUCAAGCAGAACAAGUUAAGAAUAUGAUUACGUCUAAUGAAAUUGAGGCUGGAAGAGGUGCAAACCAGAUUGGUACUUUACAACGAGUUGGAGAUACUAGGUGGGGAUCUCAUUUUCAAUCUAUUUAUAGUUUGAUUAAAAUGUUUGAUGCUACUUGCAAAGUUAUCAAUACUAUUUCUGAGGAAGGGGCUAAUUAUAAACAACGCGGUGAUGCCGAUGGAGCUUAUCAGGUAUUAACAUCAUUUGAAUUUACUUUAAUCUUGCAUUUGAUGAAAGAGAUAAUGGGAAUUACUAAUGUUCUUCGUCAAGCUUUGCAACAACAAUCUCAAGACCUUUUAAAUGCCAUGCAUUUAGUUUCAACUACAAAAUCACUUAUUCAAAAGUUGAGAGAUGAUGGAUGGGAGCCUUUACUUGCUAGUGUUAUAUCAUUUUGUGAGCAACAUGAAAUUGAUAUUCCUGAUAUGAAUGCUCGUUACACUAAAGGUCGAGGUAGAUAUCGUCGUCAAGAUGACGAUUUAACAAUGGAACAUCAUUUUAGAAUUGGCAUAUUUAUAGUUGCAAUAGACUUUCAAUUGCAAGAAUUGAAAAGUAGAUUUUGUGAGCUAACAACGGAACUUGUCAUUCUUAGUUCAGCUUUAAAUCCCAAGGAUGCUUUUAGAUUAUUCAAGAUUGUUGAUAUAUGCAAUUUGGUUAAGAAAUAUUAUCCUCAAGAUUUCACUGAACAUGAACAAGAACUUUUGGAGUCUCAAUUGCGACAUUAUAAGCUUGAUGUGAUAAAACAUCCAGAUUUUCAGAAUAUGAGUACAAUUUCCGAGCUAUGUAGGGGAUUAAAAAUUUCAGGAAAGUCUAAAAUAUAUUUUUUGAUUGAUAGACUUAUUCGUCUUGUGUUGACCCUUCCAGUUUCUACAGCAACUACAGAACGAGCUUUCUCAGCUAUGAAGUUGUUAAAAACAAGACUUCGCAAUAGAAUGAAGGAUGAGCUUUUGGCAGAUAAUAUGAUAGUUUAUAUAGAUAAGGAAAUUGCAGGGAAUUUCACUAUAGAGAUGAUAAUGGAUGAAUUUUAUUCCAUGAAAAAUCGUCAUCAGGCAUGA